AUGGCGGACACUGUCACAUACAACGCGUUCCGUAUCACUCCACUUUCCGGCCCUGAAAAUUAUGGUCCUUGGAAGGUCCAAAUGGGGGACAUCAUCACAGAGAUGGACUUGAAUGAUCACAUCAAUCCCGAAGUUACCCCGCCCACUGAUACCGCCAAGAAAGCUGUAUGGGACAAAGCCGAUCGUCGCACGCUGUCAUCGAUCAGACUUCGUGUCGCACCUAAUAUUGUCCAACAUAUCCAGGGGGAGACCACCGCGCUCGGUGCAUGGCAGAUGCUGUCUGCAUUAUUUGAGCUCAAAGGCCAAAUGGGCCUGAUUCUUGCGCGCCACAAGUUUUACUCUACCCGUGCACUCGACCAACAGCCGCUUGAACCACACAUCAAAAUGAUGCGCCAACUCCAGGGGGAGCUUCGCUCGCUUGGACAAGAAGUGUCUGACUCAGACUUUGCAGUCACCCUUCUCAGUUCGCUCCCGACUGAAUGGGACUCGUUCAUUCGCGCCAAUUUACAUGGAACAAUUAAUCCGCAGUCAAAAACUGUCAUUGCCGACAUCUUGACCGAGGAACGCCGCCGCUACGAGAAGGAUGGACUUACCCCCGAGGAACUCGCCAUUGCCAUGGCUGCAACCCAUAACCGUCGAUCUGUCACCCGUCAAUCACGACAGCCCGCAUCAAACUUCGCCACGUCAUCAUCAACGUGGAAACGAGCCAUUUGCCACAGGUGUGGAGGCAAAGGACACAUUGCUCGUGUCUGCCCAUCUUCCAAGAUCGAAGAUGUAAAUGAACCCGACAAAGCACAUGCUGUUUUCGGUGUGUACGAAGAGGAGGAAAAUGACUCCGACAAUGACUACGCGCUCUGA